AUGCGCCCGCUGCUGCUCCUGCUGCUCCUGCUGCUGGCCACAGCCCACGGCCUGGUCACUUUGUCCUACCAACCCCGUCUCGCUCGUGCCAACCUGGGGGGCCGUGUGACGGGCAGCACCUUUGUGCUGGAGCAGCCCCGCUGCGUCUUUGAUGAGUACAACACGUCUGAAAUCUGGCUGGUGGUGGCUACCAGUGCAGGCAAGAGUAACUUCAGUGACAGUGCAGAGCCGGAGAUGCCUGAGUGGAGCUUCCAGCGCUUCCCUGCCAACACCUCAGCCUACCUGACGCUGGGUACCAUGCAGUAUCACUACCGCUGCCUUGAGCCCAAUGGGGAGCUCACCGUGCUGCGUGUGGGCAGCGAGACCAGCUGUGCUCACGACGCCUCCGUACCCAACUGCAAUGGGCCCCUGCCCGGCCCUGGGCCCUAUUGGGUGAAGUUCCUUGUGCAGAAUGGCUCUGAGCCCAUAGCCACCACGCAGUGGUCGGAGCCCAUCACACUGAAGACAGCCCAGCAGAUCCCGAGCAGCCCUGGGAUGGGCGGUGGCCGCAGCGGUGCCAUGAUCGCCAUCGCUGCCAUCCUGUCGGUGCUGCUGGCCGUCCUGCUGGCCGCCUUCCUGACCAUGCUGUGCAGCUCCGAGGCAUGCGGCGUGGGCAGCUUCAGGCCGGACUCGGCGUCCAUCCAACGCUACAACACCCACCACGUGUACGACCAGCCGGCCGCACGGCUCUGA